AGAGGAAGAAGAGGAGAAGGAGAAAAAAAAAAAAAAAAAAAAAAAAACCCCAACCCAACCCAAUUCGGUCCCCCCCUCCAACCCAAUGCGCACUCAUCUCUCCUCCCCUAUUUUCAUCUUCUUCCCCUUUUGCCUCUACUUGCAACCCAGAAACAAAAUAAAUAAAAUAAAAUAAAAUAAAAUUUCAAACCCAGUUUCGGCCCAAGAAGAAGAAGAACCCUCUCUGUCUCCUCCCUAUCUUCAUCUUCGUCCCCUUUUCCCUCUACCUGCAACCCAGAAACAAAAAAAAAAAAAAACAAAACAAAAAACAAAAAGAAAAAAAAAUUCAUACCCAGUUUCGGCCCAAGAAGAAGAAGACGAAGAAGAAGAAGGAGAGAGAAGAAGAACGAAAAAAAUAAAAGUGACAAAUCCAGUUUCGACCCAGGAGGAGAAGAAGAUGAAGAAGAAGAAGGAGGAGAGAGGAACAAAAAAAAUUGAAAUUAGUGUGGGUGAAGGAAAGGGGAUGCCGCAUCCCUAGGAUUUUUUUUUUCUUAAUUUUUUAAUAUUUAAUUAUUAAAAAUAUAUUUAAUUAUUUUUUAAUCCAGCUGGAUUAGUGAGUGGUUCCCAUCUCUUGCCACGCCAACAUUUAACAUAAAAAUUGACGGAGGUAUGAAAUUGUCACAAAUUCGUAAGAUGCGGUAUGACAUUGUCAAUUUUAAAAGAUGAGGUAUGAAACUGUCGUGACCCCAAUAGUUGAGGUAAUUUUUUACACUUUACCCUUUUUUUUUCUUUUUCCAGUGGGUGUGGUAGAUAGUCAGCGAUACUAUAAAUAGCAAAGCUUAUGAGCUACUGAACUCACACCAGCACUUGAUACAAAGCAAUAACACUUGGCUAGUUCGCUUCAGGUUUGAAAUCUUUGAAAUAUGUCUUCUGUGGAAGUUCCACUAUCUCAAUCUUCAAACCCAAAUGACACUUUUGAUGUUCAUCAGCCUAAGCCUUCAGCCACUUUUUCUCCCAGCAUUUGGGGUGACCAUUUUCUGUCCUACGCUUCUUUGGAAGUGGAUGCUGAACUUGAACAACAUGUACAAGAACUGAAGGAAGAAGUGAGAAGGAUGCUAACGACAUCACCUGAAAAUGUUUCCCAAAAGUUGAACUUGAUCGAUGACAUUCAGCACUUAGGUGUGUCCUACCAUUUUGGAAAUGAUAUUGAAGAAAUUUUACAGAAAAUUCACAAGAGCUCUUAUGAUUUGGAUGACCUGUACACAGCUGCUCUUCUUUUUCGAUUGCUUAGACAACAAGGUUAUAACGUUUCAUGUGACUUAUUCAACAAGUUCAAGGACGGUGAUGGAAAUUUCAAGGAAUCACUCGUUGAUGAUGUUGUAGGACUACUAAGCUUGUAUGAAGCCACACACCUUAGGAUACAUGGAGAGGAGAUACUAGAUGAGGCUCUAACCUUCACCAUGACUAAUCUCGAGUCGGCGACAUUCCGUUUAAGCCCCCCACUUGCAAAAGCAGUAACCCAUGCCUUAAAUCAGCCGCUCCGAAAGGGUUUACCAAGGGUUGAAGCAAGGUAUCACUUGUCAGUCUACCAGGAACUAAGAGAAUCACCGAAUGAAACUCUUCUAACGUUCGCCAAGUUGGAUUUCAACCGACUGCAACGAGUCCAUCAGAAAGAACUAAGCGAAAUCACCAGGUGGUGGAAGGACUUGGACGUGCCAAACAAGCUACCUUUCGCAAGAGACAGAUUGGUUGAGGUCUACUUCUGCUGGAGUAUGUCUGUCUAUUUUCAGCCUCAGUAUUCCUUUGCUAGGAGAACAUCAUGCAAAGUUACUGCUGUAGCAUCCAUUAUCGAUGACCUUUACGAAUAUGACACAGAUGAACAACUAAAGCUCUUUACUGAAGCUAUUGAGAGGUGGGAUGUCUCAGCCAUGAAUCAACUACCAGAGUAUAUGAAAGUCUGCUAUAAAGCGUUGUUAGAUGUAUACAAUGAAAUUCAUGAAAAGCUUUUGCACGAUGGGAAGCUAUAUCGCAUCCACCAUGCAAGAGAAGCGAUGAAAAAACAAGUUAGAGCCCACUUCGAUGAAGCCAAAUUGUUCCACCAGAAGCACAUACCAUCACUGGAUGAAUACAUGCCUCUAUCACUCGUCACCAGUGGCUACCCGUUGCUAAUAACCACAUCCUUUGUUGGAAUGGAAGAAGCUACAAUAAACUCCUUUGAUUGGUUGUCAACUUUCCCUCAGGCGGUGAAGGCUGCAUCAAAAAUUUGCAGACUCAUGGAUGAUAUAGUGGACCACAAGUUUGAGCAAGAGAAAGAACAUUUUAUCUCAGCUGUGAACUGUUACAUGAAGAAAUAUGGUGUCACAGAAGAAGAAGCGAUAAUUGAACUUAAAAGACAAGUGCAUAAUGCAUGGAAGGACAUAAACGAAGCAUGCCUCCACCCUACCGCUGUCCCCAUGCCCCUGUUAAUUCGUAUUCUUAAUUUUGCUCGGCUCAUGGAUGUUGUGUACAAGUGUGAAGAUGGCUACACUAAUGCUAAGGGCGUGCUAAAAGAUCUUAUAGUUUCUACACUAGUGGAACCCGUGGCUUUAUGAGCCUGAAAUAUCUAGGUGUUGUGAUGUUUCUUUUAAAAGUAGUCUGUAGGGCCUAAGUUGCCUACAAAAAAUAAGGAGUUACGAUCCGUUAAGACCGUAAAAAUGUAAUUUGGGUUGUGCGUUUGCUUUACAUAUUAUGAUUUUAUGAUUAAUAAAAGAAC